GGCAGCUAAACUAGCUAGCUAUUCUCACCUAUUAUUCGCUAGCUAAUGUUGAACUAAGCUUUUACACAUUUUGAUUCAAGUUUUCUACGCUGAUUUUGGUUGUUAAAAUAAAAUACGUUUAGUUUGAUAACGUAAAGAUAUUACUUAGAUCGGUCAGCUAGCUAGCUGCGUUAGCUAAAAAGGAAGCAAACAAACGUCACCCUCAAUCGUUCCUUCUCAACUCCGUCCAGUAGGUGGCGGUAAAGGCAAGGAAAGGUGUGACAUCUGCCUUAAAACUCAAUCAAAGAAGACGCCACUUGAACGUUAUUAUUUAGCCGAAGCCUGUUCAGCGAGCAAGUGAUUUCCCAGACCGACAAGAAAUUAGAAAAUAAGAAAGCGCAAGACGGACAAAUUGAUAGCCAAUUUUCAUUUACUCGUUAAUAUUAGUAGCUAUCCUACAUUUUGGCCGACCAAAAAACAUUGUUUUCUGAACUAAGUUAGCUACAAUGGCGUGCGGAGCUACUUUGAAGCGUUCAAUGGAGUUUGAGGCCCUUCACAGCCCUCAAUCUCCAAAACGGCGGAAGUGCAACCCUCUGCCAGGGACUCCGGUCGCCCUUUCUCCAAAGCGAUGCAACCAGCAGUCUGCUACAGGUGACAGUUCGAUGUCGCCCCAAUCAACUUGUGGAGGAGAACACAGGCUCACCCCAGAGCAGAUUGUCCAGAAUCUUAGGCAAGAAUACAGCCGUUAUCAGAGGAGGCGGCAGCUUGAGGGGGCUUUCAACCAGAGCCAGUCCCACAGUCAACGUGAUGGCACAGGCCAAAGCCCUGGUUUCAUGGCACCAAGCGCCCAACCAGGGUCUUCUAUGAAGAGGGACCAGCCCUGCUUCACACUGCACCAGGUUGGCUCUCUGUGUGAACGGAUCCUCAAGGACCAUGACGAGAACAUCCGUGAAGAGUACGAGCAAAUCCUCAACACUAAACUGGCAGAACAAUAUGAAUCGUUCGUGAAGUUCACACAUGACCAGAUCAUCCGACAAUAUGGCACCAGACCCUCUAGCUAUGUCUCAUGAACUAUCUUAUUAAGAAGUGACCUGCUCUCACGUCUAGACUGCUGCUCGCCAAUCUCCACGGUUUUCUUCACUACUUCAGUACCCUGAUGUUCUUUUACUUUUAACACUCAAUGUUCUGAGUUGUAUUGUGUGGAAGUGCUCUUUUUUUUUGUGAGAUGGGAUGGUUGACUUUCCUUUUCAGGGGCUGUAGAACACUGGGCUGAUGUGACUGUUCUAUUUAACCUACCAAAACUCACUGCUGCAGCAUCGAAUCCUAACUUUUCACCAACCAUACUUGAAAAUGUGGUUCUCUUUUUUUUAGUUUUUAGAAAUGAAAGUUAUUUGCCAUUUUGUGCUUUCUGUCAAUUGUAUUUGAUGUACUACAGGAGUACUUCAGUGUACUACAGUGUACUUCAGUGUACUACAGACAAGUCAAUUGUAGUUUUGCUUUUCUUUAAACAUAUUUUUGUACAUGGUUGUUUUUUGGGUAUUCCCUUGUCUUGCAUAUUUCAAUUGAUGUACCCUUUCCAGAAACAAUGAUAAUGUCAACCCCAAAAAUGAUAAUGUCAAGAAUCUGUUAGUAAUUUGCAGGGUUUUUGUUAGACAUUCUACCAGAUAAUGCUGCAAUUGAGGAGAUGCCAGCAAAGCAUGUGUGUCGGUUUACUGAGCUCUUUACAAAAUAUGCAGGCUAUUACUCCCAAGAAUACCACAAAUGAAUGGAAGGGCUCAUUUGUUGACUGGUUAAGAUCCUUCUUACAGGGAUAGACUGUGGUUGAGGGCUUUGUUUCAUUUGAGGAUGAAAUGUGUGAAACUGCAUCCUCUCUUGGUUUGGAACAGCCCUUAGGAAAAAACAUUGCAGUAUAACUGCGUACAAUAUAUAUAUAUAUUUUACUGCAGUUCAAGUGCAAUAAUUCUGCAAUUACUGUGUCCAAAAUACCACAGUCGACUGCACUUACUGCAGUUUCAAAUCUGCAGUCUUUUUUUUUCUAAAGGAGCUGAUGAGACUUGAUUCUGUUAUCUAUAAUACUUGGGCCCUUGAGAGAUUGAUAAGGGAACCACACUCAUUGUAGUGGCCUUCUCAAAGUUUAGAACCUAUAUCUGGUCCCCUUGUAGUCAGUUUUUUGUAUAUUCAUUUUAUUGAAUGUUCUGCAUAUGAUUUAUAUCAACUCCUAAUGUACUGUAUGAUAUCCCUAUUAAAUGACUUGUAUCGGGGGGUUAGUUAGGCGAUCCUAUAAUACUGGUGUGUUCUGUAAAGCCUGUGAUUAGGACUGGAGGGGUUAUGUAGUCUUAUACAUCGCACCACUGAAUACAGGGAAUGUAUGUCUUUUAACGGAUGGCUUUGGGUUUAAACAAAACUGAUUUUCAUCAUUCAAACAUGAACUAACGUGGGUCUAUACAAGCUGUAUACAUACGUGCAUCAUGAGAUAUGGCCAUUUCUUUAAACAGACAAAGACUUGAUUCUCUAAUUGAAUGUGGUUGUGGAUUGAGUUCUACAAGAUCUUACGAUGAACUUUUAAUCAAAAAUACCUUGAUUUUAACUAUUGUAUUGUCCUGCAUGCAACAAUGUGUUCGUUUGAGCUCAGUUUUGUUAUAUACAAUUAUAACGUUGUUGAAUAAAGACUUGAUUUGAAGAUAA